UAUGCUGAGUACAAACACGUGAACUGGAAAUAGAGCAGUCACUCAGCGCUUCUUAUCUGCAGAAGGACAGAGGGCACAAUCAACAGGGCUCUGUCUUGAUCUGUAUAGACUCAGCUUAUCCAGUUCUUCUACUAGCCCAGUAUCGAACGCCCUCGAGCCGACAGUCUGCUUCUUUGACGUCGUAAGCAGAGGAAGCAGAUCCCCCAGACCACGACCAGCUACGACCCAUCCUUCUGCUGCCAUGCUCGCCCGCUCCCUCAAGCACAUACGGGCACCGCUCAUCGCACGGAACACAGCCAUACGGACACUGGCAACAGCUGUGCCCUCCGCCGAACAAGGCCGCGACCGAAGCACCCAUGGACCUACUGGUGUCGUCUUCCUCAACAUGGGCGGCCCAUCGACAGUCCCCGAGGUGCACGACUUUCUCUCCCGCUUAUUCGCAGACGGCGACUUGAUUCCCCUUGGACCUCUUCAAAAAUAUCUCGGUCCCCUCAUUGCCCGUCGCAGGACACCCAAAGUUGAAAAGCAAUACGAAAGUAUUGGUGGAUCACCCAUUCGAAAGUGGUCAGAGUUACAAUCGAGCGAGGCGUGUCAAGUACUGGAUAAGAUUUCUCCCAAGACUGCACCGCACAAACCCUAUGUCGCCUUCCGAUAUGCAAAACCAUUGAGUGAGGAUACCAUCGUGCAGAUGAAGCAGGAUGGUAUUAAGCGUGCUGUGGCUUUCACACAGUACCCGCAGUACUCGUGUUCUACCACAGGCUCCUCUCUGAAUGAACUCAGAAAGCAGCUCAAGGAGCAUGACCCCGAGGAAUCCAUCACUUGGUCGGUCAUUGAUCGCUGGGGUUGCAACGACGGUCUCGUUGCUGCCUUUGCUGAAAACAUUAAAAAGAAACUGCAAGACUUCAACGAAGCUGAACGCAGCGACGUGGUGCUUCUCUUUUCAGCACACUCACUCCCAAUGAGUGUUGUGAACCGCGGCGAUCCAUACUGUGCAGAAGUCGCAGCGACCGUUAUGGCCGUCAUGCAGAAACUUGGCUUUUCAAACCCAUACAGAUUAGUUUGGCAAUCACAAGUCGGACCGUCUGCUUGGAUGGGACCACAAACGAUGGAUGCUAUCAAGGGACUCGGCAAGAAUGGCAGAAACAACCAAAUCUUGAUUCCGAUUGCUUUCACCUCGGAUCACAUUGAGACCUUGCAUGAGUUGGAGGAGUACAUGGAGGAUGCGCAUAAGCUUGGCAUUGAGGGUGUCAAGCGGUGUGAGUCUCUCAAUGACAGCAAGACAUUUAUUAAUGCUGCUGCUGAGCUCGUCAAGAAGCAUCUCGAGGAAAAAGCACCGGCAACAAAGCAGCUCAUGCUGAGAUGCCCGGGCUGUGUCAAUGCCAAGUGCGAGGACACUAAGCGUUUCUUUGCAGAUACGUCCAACAAGGCGUCGCUCUACAUGGAUGCCAACGCGCAGUAAAUACUACUAAAUAGUCCCUGAUAAAAUGUAGUCCUAAGUGAAUCCAUC